CGUCUUCAUUUGCCAUGCCGGAGAAAGCAAGCCUUUUGUGCGGCAACUCGUUGAUCUCCUCAAAACCGACGGCCUAGAGGAGAACCAGAUCUUCUUCGAUGAGAGGUCUUUAGAGACCGGCGAUGAGCUAGACAGUAUCGUCAAAGUCAUAGAGAGUUCCUCUCUGAAACUGUUUGUAUUUGUGGUCAGCAAGUACUGUUUUGAUAACGAUAGAACUUGGAUCCGUACAGAAUGGGAAGCUGCGCUCGAGAACAACAAACAAAUCUUCCCCAUUUGGUUAGAUGACAACAACGAUGAUUUCAAGGCAUUCGGCAACCUUGUCAGGAAGUUUUCAUACAAGCUGAGGAAGCUGAUUGCACAGAGGGUGAACCCGCAGGAAAUUUCGACCAGCCUUCCCGGCCUUUCUGAAAAGAUCUGCUCACUUGUUUGUGGUGCUGAGCUCUCCACACAGAGACAACCAUCUAAUGCUGACAAUGCUGUGCCGACCACAAGGCAAAACAUUAUGCCAGAUGUCCUCCCUGCCAAGUUGAAGCUGGAGUUCGUCCAGAAAUCAUACAACCAGCUUGUUGACAAGGCUGAUGCCCUGUUUGACAAUGAGAUUUUUAAGGACGAGGACCGUUUUCAGAAAGCAGAGAAACUGUUUGACAGAUACAAGGCCACAAUUGAAUCCAUUAUCAAGGGUUGUCUCAUCUUCAACCUACGAUUCUUCCAGCCAUGUAACGUAGAUGAGUUCUAUCAUGAUCACUUCCGCCUGGGCCCAGACAGCCUGUCAGCAGCCCUAUCAAACCUCCUCAUCACCGACCAGAUGCGAGCUGCGGCCGGAGGGGAGGAGCUAAUGGUCAGGGUGGAUGUUCGGUAUGAUGACUACAUCAGGGUGAGAAGGCAGCUCUGCAUGGCAGGAAUUCUAAAAUCAAGCUCAGUGGACAACCUGUCAACCUUAGUGCGCCCUCGUACUGACAGGAACCUGAGCGAAUCUAACCUGGAGUCAAUGGACCUGGCCAACACCAGUGCUCAUGAUUCAAGCGUCACAGAAUGGGCGGCCAAUCCUUACACACGGCGUCUGACUAGGUGUGUGAAGAGGAAGUCACAGGAGGUAGCUGUUCUCAAAAGGGAACGUGAGAUUCAGGGCAAUAUUGUGUGGAGUCUCCACGGGGAAAUUACUUAUCUCAAUAAGAGAGAUGAAGCCGCUCAGAGGGUUUUGAUGACUAAAACGGAAGAAAUCAACCAGUUUCAAGAAGAGAAUAAAAACCUGAAAGCUAUAAUCGAGGCACUGGUGGCUGCGAAGACAAAAGUGGCCGUUCACAGUUCUGAAGAAGACAAUGAAGUCAGUGCGCCGGAUGUACCAGAAACACCACUAAGCGGAGUGGAAGUCGGAGCAGCGGAGGAACCGGAAACUCCACUAAGUGGAUUGAAAAGUCCCCAUGAGGAAGUCACUCGUCUCAUGAAGAAAGACGAGGAGGCGCAGAAGGUUUUAAUGAAUAAAACAGACGAGAUCCAACAGCUUAAGGAAAACAAUAAAAGCCUGGAAGCCAGAAUUGAGGCGCUAAUGGCUGCCAAGACAAAGGUGGGCAUUCCCAGUACUGACGAUGACGAUGCACCGAGGGGUACUGAAGAUAGAGCAUUGGAGGAACGCGAUAGAGCAUUGGAGGAACGUGAUAGAGCAUUGGGGGGACGUAAUAGAGCAUUGGGGGAACGUGAUAGAGCAUUGGAGGAACGUGAUAGAACGUCGAGGGAACGUGAUAGAGCAUCGAGGGAACUGGGUAGAACAUUGGAUGAACAUCUUAGAGCAUUGGGGGAACUGGACACCCUACAAAGGGGAGCUGAAGGUGUCUCUCCAGAGCUCAGGAGUAACCCGACGAACUCACCGGUCGCAGUUCCGGACAACACUCCUGACCUGCUCCGGCCCUGGCUGUACGGCAUGAUCGACCGCGGCGAGGUCCCGGGCGUGGAGUGGCUCGACGCCGACAAAAAGAAGUUCAAGAUCCCCUGGGAGCACACCGGCAAGCGCGAGUACGACCUAGAUAGCUUCAAGCUGUUUAAGGAAUGGUCCAUCCAUACCGGCAAAUUUCGCCCAGAGAUCGACGAGCCCGAGCCGGCCGUGUGGAAGACCAGGCUGCGGGUCGCCCUGAGCAAUCAUCCGAAAAUCCACGAGGUAAAGAACGAGAGCCAGCCAAAAGACCCCAUCAACCCGUACAAGGUCUAUGUGUUCUCCGACAAACCACAGGACUCCCUCCAGAAGAUCCUGCAGGACCUGCUGAGCCAGCCGGGCCGCGGGGACGGAGACCAGACCAUGCAGGAGCUGCUGCAGGGCAUGCAGGAGCUGCUGCAGGGCAUGCAGGCCGCGCCCGGGCUGUGUCCGUCGGGCGAGUUCACCAUACAGGAGGUCGCCUUGCCCAUGGACGUCACCACUGCCGCGGAUAACCCUGCCGUCAUCACGGAGCCGCUCUACACUAACGCGCCCAUUAAGAUGGAGACCCAGCCGCUUGCUAACGUGGACAUGACCCAACUAUGGGUAGGGGCGGAGGCAGACACAAGUGACGAGGACGUUAUGGACCGACCUGUCGCUACUGUCGCCCCAGAACUCAGGAUCUACCCGGCUCAUGAGUUGGAUAUCGAGGUCGUUUACUACAAAGCCGGGAAGGUCCUCCAGCAUCACGUGACCAACAGGAAAGGCUGUCGUCUGUGGUUCGGCGACCGGAACCAGCCCAACCUGUCCCCUUACCUGUACGGGCCUGCAAACGCGGAACAGAUCCUGUUGCCGCCGCGCCAGCCCUCAGGCAGGCAAAAGGACGACGCGGUCGUGCAAGGUCUGCUGGACAACAUGGAGCGAGGGCUCGUCCUUACCACGGAAAAUGGCAAUAUCUCCGCCACCCGCCUCUGCAAGACCAAAGUCUUCUGGAAGAGCAACGACAACCGCAACAAGCAGGCAGAACGCUUGGAGAGGGAACAGGUGGUGCCGGUGUUUGACUAUCAGAACUACCUGCGGGAGCUGAGCGCCUACGGCAACAGCGGAGGUCCCAGACCCAAGUGUGAGGUCAUCUUCAGCUUCGGGAAGAGCUGGAGCGACGAAAGCCCGCUGGAGAACACUCCCAUCUACGUCAUUGUGCGCAGCCGCACUGCGCAACACCUGAUGAUGGCUGUCGACAAGGGCGAGGCCGACCACGAUGCGCAGAACACACUGCGCAGCAUCGAAGACAUGAUAUCCCACGAAAACGAGUUUGGCAAACUGGCAGUGGACGUGAAAGAAUACGUCAAAGCCAAGGACUUUUAGAUGCUGAUACCUAAUAAUUGCCACGUUUGGAAUCAUGGUGUUCAACUGAAACGAUUUCCACAGACCAGAGGCAAACUGGAGAGAAUCUUUGAUCGUGAUGCUUAGUCAACAUAACAUUCCAUUCUAAUCUAUCUGGGAGCUUGCCAAUAUUUUCAACAAAAAUUAUAGUAUCAAUUCCUGUAUAAUGCUGCAUAGCAGUGACACAUGGAAGGUAUCAUAAAAGAAUAAUUAUUGUGUGAAGUAAAGUUAUAGAUAUGGUGUACAUAUGAAAUUAUUGUUAUCAAAUAUACAUUUUGACACCUUUGUCAACACAGAACAAAAAUUCAUUUGUUCAUUCCUUGACAAAGACUGAUGCUGUACAGUCGAAAAUUUGGGUGAGUCCAAUUUUGGUGUUGGAAAUUACAGUUCAACUAUUUCAAGAAGACAGAACAGAAAUAUUUUGCAUGAAAUGAAUAUAGCGAGCUAUUAUCGACACAAAA